AUGGAAAACUUGAAGCCUGGCACAAACUCAUGGCUCUCGGCACACAGCGAUGUCCGGCGUGCCAUCAAAGAGUACGGCUCUUUCAUAGCUCUAUAUGAUAAGGUUUCUGCAGAGCUUAACAAUGAAGUCUUUAAUAAAUUGAAAGAGUUGUUUGAUCUUCCUACAAAAACUAAGUCCCAGAACUGGUCCGACAAGGUUUACUAUGGAUAUGUUGGCCAACUGGCUCAUCUUCCAAUCCACGAGAGUUUGGCGAUUGCAGAUGCAAACACUCUUGACGGAGUUCAAAGCUUCACAAACCUCAUGUGGCCCUCUGGAAAUGACAACUUCUGUGAAAACAUGCUAAAGUAUGGAAAGAAAGUAGCAGAACAAGAACAACUAGUGAGCAAGAUGGUGGUUGAGAGCUAUGGUUUGGAGAGGUACUACAACUCGCACCUCCAUUCAAUGACUUACUUCCUUCGAACCAUAAAAUACAGAGAACCCGAAAUCGAUGAGACCAAUGCUGGGACUGACAUUCAUACGGAAAAGAGCCUUAUAACAAUACUUCAUCAAAAUCAAGUCCAUGGUUUGCAGAUUCAGGCCAGGAAUGGCAACUGGAUCGACGUUGACUUCACACUGGAAUCCUUUGUGAUCAUUGCCGGCGAUGCUUCCUUGGUGUGUAGUCUAUCUUUCUACUAA